CCGGGGCAAACUGCCCUCUUCAGGCCAACAUUACUAAGCUGUAGAAGUUUAGCGUGUACUGUGUUAGAGUGCAAAUUGCAAAUACGCUCGGUGGGGGCCCUGUGUCGCCUUGUGCGAUGGUCUCUACUGAUGAGGAUGUCCCCAGUUCACCGCCAAACAACGUGACAGCGUGGCAGAGCCCAGACGUACCCGGUCGCAUAUUGAUUAAUUGGGCAACUCCGUCACCAUCAGACACAAAUGGUCAGGUAACCAAGUACUUGGUCAAAGCUUAUGCCUUCGUGGACCCGAGCAGAAAAUGGCAUCGUCAUGUGUACGAGCCUUUUUAUCGACCAGUUCAGAUGACUGGGCUCUGGAACUUUACCCUCUACUGUGUCCAAGUAUCGGCUUUUACUCAAAAGGGAAAAGGACCAAGCAGCGCAUGCGUGAAUAUUACGACCGCUGAGGCUGCUCCAUCCAGCCCUCCCGUAAACCUAACAGCCAUCAACGUUACGACAACAAGCAUCACCCUCUCGUGGGGCCCGAUAGCUGAGAAGCACAAGAAUGGAAUAAUCAAAGGCUUUACCAUAUGGUAUAGCUCCGAGUUAGAGUCGACACCCAAAGUUGUGAGAGUACACGGAGAAGAAACAAGUAAUGUCACUAUCAACUCAUUAUUACCGAUGACCAUCUAUCAAGUACGCAUCUCCGGGUUUAAUGGUGCUGGAGACGGAACUACGAGUGAUUUUCACGAUAUUUGGACAAGUCAGACAGCACCAACUGGAAGCCCCCGCGUGAUUAACGCGUCCAGUUUCAACUCAACAUCUGUUGUACUCAGCUGGAAUAUCCUGCCGAGACAUCAGAGUGGAUAUGUCACCGGGUAUACGGUAUUUUACACCAGCCAAGAGCACCAGGGAUCCGUAUUCUUCAGCUCAACUCUCCCUAAUGCGACUGUUGGAAGCUUAAUGAUGUUCACUUCGUACUGUUUUCGAGUGGCAGUGAAUAACACGGUGGGCACCGGUGCGCCCGGGCCGUGCUACAACAUCUCGACGGACCAGGACGUUCCUUCCCAGCCUCCAGAAAACGUGAGCGCAUGCGCAGUUAAUUCGACUGCUGUGAACGUCACGUGGUCUAGAAUACCGCAGAAAUUCCUACGCGGGAUCCAAAAUGGGAGUGUCAUCGUCGCUCGUCGCAUCAUCGACACGUCGUCAAAUUUGAGCCCUUUGGUAACGAGCUGCGAGUCAAAUGCAAUCCUUGGAAACUUGGAGCCUUUCACACAGUAUUGUGUGACAGUAGCGGCUCUUACCAUAAAAGGAGCGGGUCCUUGGAGUGAUUGCGUGACCGUUACGACGCACGAGUCAGCUCCUGCAGGUCCACCGCUGAACGUAUCUGCGUACAACACAAGCUCCACAUCUUUACGAAUCACCUGGCUUCCGGUUCACCCUGACUUCCGGCACGGGAUCAUUCUUGGUUAUCACGUGCGCGUGUAUGGUCCCUCCCCUUUCCAAGGAGCAUCUGUCAAUCAUAGCAUGAGUCAAAAUGCGACUAGCGUUCUGCACUCUGACCGUAAUCUCACCGUGAACGCGUCUAUGCUCGGGGUGGAGGUGGACGAGCUGCAGAAGUUUACGAUGUACUCGGUGCGGGUGACAGCGUACAACUCAGCGGGGGAGGGACGGGGGAGUGACGUCAUCAGCGUUAUGACGGAUGAGGAUGCUCCUUCAGGUUCACCGCUGAACGUAUCUGCGUACAACACAAGCUCCACAUCUUUACGAAUCACCUGGCUUCCGGUUCACCCUGACUUCCGGCACGGGAUCAUUCUUGGUUAUCACGUGCGCGUGUAUGGCCACUCCCCUUUCCAAGGAGCAUCUGUCAAUCAUAGCAUGAGUCAAAAUGCGACUAGCGUUCUGCACUCUGACCGUAAUCUCACCGUGAACGCGUCUAUGCUCGGGGUGGAGGUGGACGAGCUGCAGAAGUUUACGAUGUACUCGGUGCGGGUGACAGCGUACAACUCAGCGGGGGAGGGACGGGGGAGUGACGUCAUCAGCGUUAUGACGGAUGAGGAUGCUCCUUCAGGUUCACCGCUGAACGUAUCUGCGUACAACACAAGCUCCACAUCUUUACGAAUCACCUGGCUUCCGGUUCACCCUGACUUCCGGCACGGGAUCAUUCUUGGUUAUCACGUGCGCGUGUAUGGCCACUCCCCUUUCCAAGGAGCAUCUGUCAAUCAUAGCAUGAGUCAAAAUGCGACUAGCGUUCUGCACUCUGACCGUAAUCUCACCGUGAACGCGUCUAUGCUCGGGGUGGAGGUGGACGAGCUGCAGAAGUUUACGAUGUACUCGGUGCGGGUGACAGCGUACAACUCAGCGGGGGAGGGACGGGGGAGUGACGUCAUCAGCGUUAUGACGGAUGAGGAUGUACCGGAAGUGCCCCCAAGUCACGUGGUUGGCAAAAACUUGAGUUCCACAUCUGUCCAACUGAAAUGGGAAAUGCCUCCACUCGCGGGGCUUCAUGGGAGACUAGUCGGUUUCAACGUGACCAUAUACCGGUAUGACCAGGAAGGUUUCCUCGUCACCAAGCCUUAUAAGGAGUUUCAGGUCGAGGCGGAGACCACAAGCGCUGUUUUGGAUCAGCUACACAAAGGACUUCAAUUCUGCGUGAAGAUCGCUGCCUUUACAAAGUAUGGUAGUGGGAACUAUAGCAACUGCAGUUUUGUGGCUACCAAUGAAGAGCCGCCCAGCCUGCCUCCGCAGAACUCUACCAUAAAAUCAACAGGUCCCACAGCACUACGGGUCACAUGGGAACCAAUACCAUGGCAACACUCAAAUGGCGUCAUUCUUGGCUACAUCAUCAGACUUACCCCCACUAAAGAGACAAGACGGCGAAGAAGGCGAAGCGUGGAGUACUCGGAUGGCGUUAUAUCAGUUAAGGUUUCCAAGGGAACCACGUCAUACGAGUUUAAGGAUCUCGAGAAGGACACUGUGUAUUGUGCCGAGCUUCUCGCCUUCACCGCAGCAGGGACUGAAAACGGGACCUCGUGUGUGAUGGGCCACACCCAGUCACUGGAAAACAUCAUCCCUAAUGUCACCCUGAGCGGCUCACCAGGCCCUGAAUCAAUAAAGGUCUUGAUAACUCUUAAAGACCGCGACAUAUUGCUAGACAGUGGCUUGCUGGUUCGCUACGACUUGCAGUACAGAGUGAGCAAGGUGUCUGGGAAGGAAGUAGUUUCCUCUGAAAAGACCAGGCCAGUGGUGCUACAGGUCGCCGGGAAUGCUAACGAGGUGGAGCUCAAUGAUCUCGAGACUUACACUACGUAUGAGAUUGAGGCGGCGGUUGUGACGAAGGAUGAGGGGAGGCUGACUUACAGCACGGUGUUAUAUGCAGAGACCUGCAAAUGCCCUAGAUCUCUGCUGACUAACUGGUACCAACACCCUCCAUUCACCGCUCUCAAUAGCGACCACACGGUAGCCGGCGUGAUACCCCCUAUCCUGACCAGCAUCGUCACAAGUACAUGCGGUGUGUGCCAAAACUCCCCUACUUUCCUGGACAUCACGAGCCCUCAGGACAAUGCCACCAUAAUGAAGGAAAACCUGGACGCCACCAUGGACAUGUCAUUUCCAGUAAGCGCCAUCAAAGGCCAGGUCAAUGUCGCAGGGUUGUAUGUCCCACUAGUAAAGAUUCCUGGUGUAUUGGUAUUGUCCAGACAAGAACCCGCGGCGGCCAGGUACGCCAAGGUGGUGGUGUCGUCUAUUUUCCAGUGCUGGCCCAUCGUGGUUAUCAACGUGUGCUUCAUGCUCUUGGCGGGCGUUAUCAUAUGGGCUUUGGAGCAUGGAAGAAACAAAGGCCAGUUUCCAAACCAAGUUAUUCCUGGUAUCCAGGAAGGGGUGUGGUGGGCGAUAGCCACGAUGACCACAGUAGGCUACGGUGACCGCUCGCCUCUGUCCCUUGCCGGGCGGCUGUUCGCUGUUGUGUGGUCGUUGGUUGGAAUCAUAAUGGCGUCCAUGCUGAUCGCAUCCAUCUCCUCAUCUCUAACCAUCACUGUUGUUGACGAGAUUAGCAGCUCGGGAGUGACCAGAGGGGAGAGGAUAGCAGCAGUGAUGAACUCACCCGAAUACAAUGCCGCCGAGCGAGUAGCACGAGGGCGAGCCAAGUUCUUCUCCUACCCUAACAUCACAAGCCUGAUAAACGCAUUCCAGGCCUUGAACGUGACGAGUAUCGUGGUGGACCCUUACACAGUCCAGUCACGCCCUGAUCUCUUCAACGACACGUGGUAUAAGAUUAGCAAUAUCAUCAGCGAGGAGAUUUCGUAUGGGGUGAUACUUGGUGGAAAUGCAGUCAAACUGGAGAGACACAUCAGUGAGUAUGUCAGCUCUAACGUGAUGGCAGUCAGCAUGGACUAUCAGGUGGAUAACAGCACGAAUACUACGGAUUCUGGAACAAUUAAAGUUUCCCAAGGUGAGACGGUGAACUUCCUGGAUCCGUCCUCGCCGAUAUUUCGGGAAGGACUUCAGUAUUGCGGCCUGGUGUUAGCCGGGAUGGUCUUACUGGGUGUGACGUAUCACGUGUUAUAUUACAUUCAGUACAGAGGUUCCCGCAUGAAUACAUGCCCAAAAGAUUCCUACUUUGAAAGCAUUCAAGAGAUGCGGAACGUUUUGGAGGAGUUCCACCAAAAUUUUUGCGAGUUGUACAAACACUUGCGCCGUGAGCAGCUGUGGAAAUCUGACGUCAAGAAAUGCCAGCUGUAGCUUUAAGGAGCCCAAGACAGCCGCACCUGUGUUAUUGUUUCGACUAAUAUUUGAAGAGAUACUAUUUAGGAAGAUUUCUCGAAAUAACCUUCUAAAGCGGCAAUCGCUCCAGUUUACUUCCCGUCGGGCCAACGGAAACCUUAGCCGAUAAAAGACAAAAGAAUCUUUUUAGAAUCUGCACUAUCUAACAGGACGUACGCUCUAAAUUAUCACAUGCUUGAAGUUAUUGACCGAAAGUAAACAGGUGAUAUUGCAGCUGUAAAACAAAAUUUUAUAAUUUUUAUACACUUAUUAUUUACUUUAUACUUCACUAAUCUAUUUGUUUGAAUAUCGAGACAGCGGCUUAGAGAGGCUCUUAAGUGUGAAAGACAUAAAGUGUGAUACUUGUAUACUAAUUAUCGAUAAUUAGCCAACUUUGGCAAGAUUCGACCAAGAUUGGCGCUUUGCACUCUAAAAGGGUACUUUCGGGGUUUAAUAGAAAUGUAAAAAAAACGGCAUUAUGAACAGCGUAUUAAAUAAACAGCAUUGUUGGAAAAA